AGCUCCACAACUCCACCUUAUCAAGAUAUCGCCUUCAACUCAAGUUAUAUCCCUUCGAACAUACUCUGACGUCCCAGAGGGCUUACUUGAAAGAUGUCCGCUCAGAACUCCGCAGGCAUUCAGACCCUCCUCGAUGCCGAGAGAGAGGCCCAGAAGAUUGUCCAGCAAGCUAGAGAAUACCGUACCAAGCGGAUAAGGGACGCAAAGGCUGAGGCUCAGAAGGAGAUCGAAGAGUACCGCAAGCAGAAGGAGGACGAGUUCAAGAAGUUCGAGGCUGAGCACUCGAGCGGGUACAAGAAGGCUGAGGAGGAUGCGAACAAAGAGGCAGAAGUCAAGCUCCAGGAGAUCAAGGAUGCCGGAAGCGAGAAGGGUAGCAAGGUCGUGGAGGAUCUCAUCCAUGCACUCAUCGACGUGAAGCCCGAGGCUUCGGAGAAAAUUGUGGUCAAGGCAUAGAUCUGUUGUUUCCUGCAGCACCGUGAGAGUUCAUCAAUUUUGGGUUCUUUGCUUCCAGCCUGUGAAUAUUAUUUAGCUGUUUGAUCAUACAACCACCCAUAUGUACGGAGUGCGCCCGUUCUAGUUUCUCUGCAGCUUUAUGAGACUCCUUUGCUUUCCACCCGACAUCUGCGGAGGGCGCAGGAGGUAUUA